AUGGAGCCCACGAUGGAACUUCAAUCCAGCGAGUGUUCUACCGAGCUAUUGAACUAUAAGCUUGCAUGGGAAAGCGGCCAUGUAUGCCUUCCCCGUGAAGUUGUCACCAAGCACGAGGAGUUCGAGCAGCUUUUCGAAAUACAGGGACCGAACCUCGCCUGUCUCGAUGCUGGCCCUGGAUGCCCUUGUGUUGCUCAGAUCCUAGUCUUCUUUCUUCUCUGCGGCAAAUACAGAAACCAACCUACCAUUGAACACUUCCCCGACGAGGAUGAACUCGAAGAAGGCGCCUUCCACAGAUUCACUAUUGCUGUGGAGGUAUACCGCCGUGCGAUCCUAUGGAAGCUCCCCGAGCUCUCCUACCUAGCUAGCGAUGAGUUCAACAAGGCAGCCGAAAGCCUUUAUUUCGCCCAGAUCAUACUACAUCUUACUUCUGAAAAUUGGAUUCUAGGUGGUGAGAACAAGUAUUACGCACUGGCUGAACUCAUUGUUCACAGAGCUGGGGAGAUAAGAGAGGGAGAGCAGGAAGAAGAAGGUAUCAAAGAACUGGAAAAGAUCUGGAGGGCGAGCUCAUACGUAUCCGAUCUCCUUGUUGCUGGUCUCCUGGUGCAGAGAGAAAAACUCAAGGCAGUGAUGAGACUUAUCGAGCCCCUCACUAAAGGCGAAGAAGAGUGA